UCGCCAGGGCAGGCUGGCCGGAGUGAUGGCGGCGCGCAGAGCGGCUCGGGUGAGGCGGGCGGUGUGAAUAGUGGCGGCGGCGAAGGAGGAGGAUCGCCCGGGAUGGAGAGUGAGGAGGAGCAGCACAUGACCACCCUGCUGUGUAUGGGCUUCUCGGAGCCGGCAGCCAUCCGCACGGCGCUGCGCCUCGCCAACAACGACAUCAACGAGGCGGUGGCGCUGCUGACCAACGAGCGGCCCGGGCUGGAGUACGGCGGGGGGAGGAGCUACGAGCCACCGCCCGCCUACCAUGAGGUGGUGGAGCCCGAGAAGAAUGAUGAGAAUGGGAACUGUUCCGGGGAAAGCGUUGAGUUUCCCACCACCAACCUGUAUGAACUGGAGAGCCGGGUUCUCACCGACCAUUGGUCCAUCCCCUAUAAGAGGGAGGAGUCUCUGGGGAAGUGUUUAAUAGCCUCCACCUACCUGGCAAAACUCGGUCUUUCAGAUUCUGAUGAAAACUGUAAAAGGUUUGUGGACCGAUGUAUGCCAGAAGCUUUUAAAAAGUUGCUAACCUCCACCGCUGUCCACAAAUGGGGCACGGAGAUCCACGAGGGCAUCUACAACAUGCUGAUGUUGCUGAUUGAGCUGGUGGCAGAAAGAAUCAAGCAGGAGCCGAUUCCCUCCGGUCUGAUGGGUGUGCUGACAAUGGCUUUUAAUCCCGAUAACGAAUACCAUUUCAAGAACCGGAUGAAGAUGUGCCAGAAGAACUGGGCGGAGGUGUUCGGGGAGGGAAAUACAUUUGCCUUAUCGCCAGCCAGCACCAUGCAGAAGGAGCCUCAUGGUUGGUUGGUGGAUCUGGUGAACAGGUUUGGAGAGCUGGGCGGACUCUCUGCCAUUCAGUCCAAGCUGAAUUCCGACAACAUAGAACUUGGGGCAGUGUCGGCUAUGGUUCAGCCCCUGGGAGUGUGUGCAGAAUACCUCAAUUCCUCUACUGUACAGCCAAUGCUGGAUCAUGUUAUUCAUAAGAUGAUAAAGUACGUACAGAAUGUGGAAGAGAAGGAUCUGAAGGACAAGAGGUUAGUGAGUAUCCCCGAGCUCCUGUCUGCCAUUAAGCUGCUGUGCAUGCGAUUCCAGCCGGACCUGGUGAAUGUGGUGGACGAUCUUCGGCUGGACAUCUUACUACGGAUGCUGAAAUCUCCUCACUUUAGCGCAAAAAUGAAUUCUCUUAAAGAGGUAACCAAAUUAAUAGAAGACAGCACUUUAUCGAAAUCUGUGAAGAACGCCAUAGAUACAGACCGGCUCCUGGAUUGGCUGGUGGAAAACUCUGUCUUAUCGAUAGCACUGGAAGGAAACAUUGACCAGGCACAGUACUGUGACCGGAUAAAGGGAAUCAUUGAACUGCUUGGAAGUAAAUUGUCCUUGGAUGAACUUUCCAAAAUCUGGAAGAUACAGUCCGGGCAAUCAUCCACUGUGAUAGAAAACAUUCAUACUAUAAUCGCAGCUGCAGCUGUGAAGUUCAACCCAGAUCAGCUAAACCACCUCUUUGUGCUGAUUCAGAAGAGCUGGGAAACUGAAUCCGAUCGGGUUCGUCAGAAAUUGUUGAGCCUUAUUGGGCGCAUCGGACGAGAGUCACGCAACGAGGCGACAACGGGAAAGGUGUUGGAGGUCCUCUGGGAUCUCGCUCACUUACCAACUCUGCCAUCUAACUUAAUCCAACAAGCCUUAGAGGAGCACCUGACAAUCCUGAGUGAUGCCUAUGCAGUAAAAGAGACCGUCAAGAGGAGCUACAUCAUAAAAUGCAUCGAGGACAUCAAAAAGUCAUCUCAGCAUAACAACCCGCAAGUGGUGUGGGUGGUGCCAGCCUUACGCCAGCUCCACGAGAUAACCCGCUCAUUUAAUAAGCAGACCUACCAAAAGCAAGACAAGAGUAUCAUCCAGGACCUGAAGAAGAACUUUGAGAUCGUCAAGCUGGUGACAGCUAGCCUUGUGGCGUGCCAUCGCUUGGCCGUGAUCGCUGUCGGUCCCGGAGGGCUGGCCGGAUCCUCUUUGGUUGACGGCCGAUACACUUACCGGGAGUAUUUGGAAGCACACCUGAAAUUCCUGGCAUUUUUCCUGCAAGAAGCCACCCUGUACCUCGGCUGGAGCCGCGCCAAAGAGAUCUGGGAGUGCCUCGUCACCGGCCAUGAUGUGUGCGAGCUCGAUCGUGAAAUGUGUUUCGAGUGGUUCACGAAGGGGCAGCAUGACCUGGAGAGCGACGUCCAACAGCAACUGUUCAAGGAGAAGAUCCUCAAGCUGGAGUCCUAUGAGAUCACUAUGAAUGGUUUCAGCCUCUUUAAAACUUUUUUUGAAAAUGUAAAUCUUUGCGAUCAUCGAUUGAAGAGGCAAGGCACCCAGCUGCACGUGGAGAAGUUGGAGUUGAUUGGAAUGGAUUUCAUCUGGAAAGUUGCAGUGGAAUCUCCGGAUGAAGAAAUUGCCAAUGAAGCCAUCCAGCUGAUCAUCAACUACAGCUACAUCAACCUGAACCCCAGGCUGAAGAAAGAUUCGGUUUCAUUGCACAAGAAAUUUAUUGCAGAUUGCUACACUCGAUUAGAGGCUGCGAGUUCGGCACUUGGAGGCCCCACCCUGACCCACGCCGUCACCAGAGCUACGAAAAUGCUCACCGCAACCGCCAUGCCAUCGGUGGCCACCUCAGUGCAGUCACCUUAUAGGUCUACUAAGCUGGUCAUUAUAGAGAGACUCCUGUUGCUGGCUGAGCGCUACGUUAUCACUAUUGAGGAUCUCUACUCUGUUCCACGAACAAUUCUACCUCACGGUGCCUCUUUUCAUGGACAUCUGUUAACUCUGAACCUUAAUUAUGAGUCAACCAAAGAUACUUUCACCAUAGAGGCCCACAGCAAUGAGACGGUGGGGAGCAUCCGCUGGAAGGUCUCCAGACAUCUCAACUGUCCUGUAGAAAGCUUGCAGAUCUUUGUCAAUGAGAGCUUGCUGACCGUCAAUAAAGACCAGAAGCUGCUCCAUCAGGUGGGAUUUUCCGAUGACCAGGCCCUCACUGUAAAGACUCUGGGCAGUGGAACUCCAUCGAGUAGCUCGGCAGAGACUUCAGCCAGCUCCAGUAGCAGCAGUGCCAGCUUCAGCUCCUCCUACGCCAUGGACCAGGAGAAGUCUCUGCCAGGAGUGGUGAUGGCAUUAGUAUGUAAUGUGUUCGAUAUGCUCUACCAGCUGGCCAACCUAGAGGAGCCCAGCUUGGUUUCGCCCCGUAGAAUUACAGUGAGGGUUCGGAAACUUCUGCUCUUGAUCCCAACAGAUCCUGCUGUGCAGGAAGCGCUCGAUCAGCUGGACUCCCUGGGAAGAAAGAAGACGCUGCUUUCCGACUCGCAGUCUUCAAAGUCCCCAUCCCUGUCCUCCAAGCAGCACCACCAGCAGCAGAUCAGUGCCAGCUCCAUCCUGGAGAGCCUCUUCCGAUCUUCUGCCCCCGGCAUGUCUACCUUCCGCGUGCUCUACAACUUGGAGGUUCUCAGCUCCAAAUUGAUGCCAACUGCAGAUGAUGAGAUGGCGAGAAACUGUGCCAAGUCGUUCUGUGAAAACUUCUUAAAAGCUGGAGGAUUGAGUUUGGUGGUUAAUGUCAUGCAGAGGGACUCCAUUCCAACCGAGGUGGAUUAUGACACCAGACAAGGUGUCUAUUCUAUUUGUCUGCAGCUGGCCAGGUUUUUACUGGUUGGGCAGACGAUGCCCGCUACUUUAGAUGAAGAUUUGGCCAAAGACGGCGUUGAGGGGUUGUCAUCGAGGCCUUUCAGGAAUGCAAGCCGCCAGUCUAGCCGCCAGAUGUCUCUCUGCGGCACUCCAGAGAAGUCGUCCUAUCGGCAGCUGUCUGUGUCUGACCGAUCGUCUAUCAGGGUGGAGGAGAUCAUUCCCGCUGCUCGGGUUGCCAUUCAGACAAUGGAAGUCAAUGAUUUCACCUGCACUGUGGCCUGUUUCAUGAGGCUGUCGUGGGCAGCGGCAGCUGGUCGCCUGGACCUCGUCGGCAGCAACCAACCAAUUAAAGAAAGCAACAAUAGCUUGUUCCCUGCUGGACUCCGGGGCAGACUGAGCAGCUCAGGAAGUAAUUGCAGUUCGGGAAGUGAAGGCGAGCCCACGUCAUUACACGCCUGGAUCUGCGUCCGUCAGCAGUCAGUCUCCACCAAAGAUGCCAUUAUCGCUGGAGAAGCCUUGUCCCUCCUGGUGACCUGUCUGCAGCUGCGCAGCCAGCAGCUAGGAUCUUUCUAUAAUUUGCCUUCUGUUGCUGAUUUCAUAAUCGAUAUUCUCCUGGGCUCCCCCAGUGCGGAGAUCCGCCAUGUUGCCUGCGACCAACUGUACACACUGAGCCAGACAGACACAUCCGCCUACCCUGAUGUACAGAAGCCCAACCUCUUCCUGCUGGGGGUCGUCUUGUCUGCACAGCUGCCACUGUGGUCACCGACCAGCAUCAUGAGAGGCAUCAACCAGAGAUUGUUGGCCCAGUGUACAGAAUAUUUUGAUCUGCGAUGUCAACUACUGGAUGACUUGACGACAACAGAGAUGGAGCAGCAAAGCAUUAGCCCGGCAACCAUGCUGGAAGAUGAGAUCAUGUGGUUGGAUAAUUUUGAGCCGAAUCGCACAUCGGAGUGUGAGACCAGCGAGGCGGACAACGUGUGGCUGGCCGGUCACCUCCGGCUUAUAAAGACGCUGCUGUUUCUGUGCGGCGCGGAGAAGGAAAUGCUCGGACCCUCUCUGAUUAAACAGCUCCUGGAUGACUUCCUGUUUCGAGCCUCUAGGAUCAUCUUGAACAGUCAUUCACCAGCUGGCAGCGUGGCGCUCAGCCAACAGGACUUCCACCCAAAUCUCCUCCUGUGUUCAAGGUGCAGUUCCGUAAGCAGUCGUCUGGCGGCCUACGAGGUUCUGGUGAUGCUGGCGGAGAGCUCAGUGGCCAAUCUUCAGCUGAUCACCAAGGAGCUCCUAUCGAUGCACCAUCAGCUGGAUUCCGCGCUCACCAAGGAGUUUGAUUAUCUACCGCCUGUAGACAGCAGGUCCAAUUCAGGUUUUGUCGGACUAAAGAAUGGAGGAGCGACCUGCUACAUGAAUGCCGUCUUUCAGCAGCUGUACAUGCAGCCUGGCCUCCCUGAGACCUUGCUGUCUAUGGAAGAUGAAACCGAUAAUCCAGAUGAGAGCGUCUUCUAUCAAAUCCAGUCCCUGUUUGGCCACCUGAUGGAGAGCAAGCUGCAGUACUAUGUGCCUGAGAACUUCUGGAAGAUCUUCAAGAUGUGGAACAAAGAGUUGUUUGUCCGGGAGCAACAAGACGCCUACGAGUUCUUCACCAGCCUCAUUGACCAGAUGGACGAAUAUCUCAAGAAAAUGGGACGGGAUCAGCUCUUUAAGAAUACUUUUCAAGGCAUCUACUCCGAUCAGAAGAUCUGCAAAGAUUGCCCACACAGGUAUGAGAGAGAAGAGGCUUUCAUGGCUUUGAAUUUAGGGGUGACGUCCUGCCAGAGCCUGGAGAUCUCCCUGGAUCAGUUUGUGCGUGGCGAGGUGCUGGAGGGCAGCAAUGCAUACUACUGCGAGAAGUGCAAAGAAAAGAGAACGACCGUGAAGAGAACCUGUAUCAAAUCCCUACCCAGCGUCCUCGUUAUUCAUUUAAUGAGAUUUGGAUUUGACUGGGAAAGUGGACGAUCCAUUAAAUAUGACGAGCAGAUCAAGUUCCCUUGGACGUUAAACAUGGAGCCGUAUACAGUCUCGGGCAUGGCACGGCAAGACUCCUCCACCGAGGCCGGUGACAGCGGAAGACCCACCGAUCCCGGCGGAAGUUCCCCGCGCAAGAAAGUGGCGCCGACGGAAAACUACGAGCUGGUUGGCGUCAUUGUGCACAGUGGUCAGGCUCAUGCUGGACAUUAUUAUUCCUUCAUCAAAGACCGACGGAGCUGUGGGAAAAGCAAAUGGUUCAAGUUCAAUGACACAGUGGUGGAGGAGUUUGAUCUCAAUGACGAGACUAUUGAGUAUGAAUGCUUUGGUGGAGAGUACAGGCCGAAGGUGUACGAUCAGUCCAACCCGUACCCCGAUGUGCGCCGGCGAUACUGGAACGCCUACAUGCUGUUCUAUCAACGCGUGUCCGACCAGAACUCUCCCGUUUUACCAAAGAAAAGUAGAGUGAGCGUAGUGCGCCAAGAGGCCGAGGACCUGUCUCUAUCUGCUCCGUCCUCUCCUGACAUCUCGCCCCAGUCCUCCCCUCGCCCCCACCGACCCAAUGACCGCCUGUCUAUUCUAACCAAGCUGGUGCGUAAGGGAGAGAAGAAAGGCCUGUUUGUUGAGAAGAUGCCUCUCCGGAUAUAUCAGAUGGUCAGAGACGAGAAUCUGAAGUUUAUGAGGAACAGAGAUGUUUACAACAGUGACUAUUUCAGCUUUGUGCUCUCCUUGGCCUCUGUAAACGCUACCAAGCUGAAACAUCCGAAUUACUCCUCUAUGGCGAGAGUCAGUGUCCAGCUGGCCAUCCAGUUCCUCUUCCACACCUAUCUCCGAACAAAGAAGAAACUCAGGGUUGACACAGAGGAAUGGAUAGCCACCAUCGAUGCCCUGGUUUCCAAGAGCUGUGAAGCGUGCCAAUGGCUGAUGGAGUACUUUGUCAGUCCCGAGGGAAGGGAACUCGUCAAAGUCUUUCUGCUGGAGUGCUGUGUGCGGGAGGUGAGGUGUGCUGUGGCCACCAUACUGGAGAAGACCCUGGAUGGAGCAUUACUGCACAAGGAAAAGGUGAAUGGCGUCCACCUCCUCAUCGAGAUGUUGCUCGGCUUGCUGGAUAAAGACGUGCCGGAGAGCUGCAAGAACUGCGCACAAUACUUCUUCCUCUUCAACAGCUUUCUACAAAAGCAAGGAGUUCGCGCUGUUGAACUACUACUGAAGUAUUCUGCUUUGCGUCACUUUAUCAAUUUUCUACUCGGCCCCAACCGGAAAAAUAACCAGAACCGGCGGUGGAGUUCAGCACAAGCUCGGGAGUUCAGUUAUCUGCACAAUACGAUCGCAUUGCUGGUCCUCAAUUCUGAUAUCUCCUCCCAGAGGACGGUCGCUUCUGGUCUGUUGAAGCCUCACCCUCCGAACACACAGAGUCCCCCACUGGCCCUCCAUCCAGAAGUUGAAGCUUUGAUGUUUAUGCCAGAAGGAAAGCCUUAUUUGCUGGAGGUGAUGUUUGCGAUGCGGGAGCUCCCCGGGCCCCUCUCUGUACUCAUCGAGAUGCUGGUUUAUUGCUGUUUCUGCAACGAGCGUUUCUCGCUCACCGCACUGCACUUCAUUAAGAACCAGCUGGAGUCGGCGCCACCACAUGAACUGAAGAACAUGUUCACCCUCCUGCUUGAUAUUCUGAUGAUUGAAGACCCCAUCCAGAUGCAGAGGCUGAAGUUUGCCUUCGAGUCAGACGGACUUUUAGCUUUGAUGCACCACAGCAAUCACGUAGACAGCAGCCGCUGCUACCAGUGUGUGAAGUUCCUGGUCACCUUGGCUCAGAAGUGUGCUGCUGCGAAGGAGUAUUUCAAAGAGAAUUCUCACCACUGGAGCUGGGCUGUGCAAUGGCUGCAGAAGAAGAUGUCUGAGCAUUGCUGGGCUCCACAGAGUAAUGUGUCCAAUGAAACGUCCACAGCCAAGACCUUCCAGAGGACCAUCUCUGCACAGGACACUUUGGCCUAUGCCACCGCGCUGCUGAAUGAAAAGGACCAAUCUGGAAGCAGCAAUGGAUCUGAAAGCAGCCCAGCCAAUGAGAACGGAGACAGAAGUAUGCAACAGGGUCCCGACUCUCCGAUGAUGAUUGGAGACCCAAAAAGUGACCUUGACGAUGUCGAUCCUUGACUACAUUUCCCAGGUACAAAAGACGAGAGAGUCUUUGUCGCGCUGUGAAACGCCCUUCGAGAACCACAACGGAGUCUCGUCGUCGGGCUACACGAAGGCCAACCUCGCGGAACUCGCAGAGCUAAUCCAAACACUGCAGCCAAGGCUCUUUUUCUGAAAAAAACAAACUGUCGCACCGAGGCGGAGGUCAACCUUACUGCUGCAAAAAAGAAAAGAAUAUUUUUGUCAAUUUUAUUGCAAAACAAGAAACCCAACAAGUGGUUGAAUUUUUUUUUUUUAUUUGUCAGAAUUCAAGGAGUGAAUGUACAAUUGUGGCUUUUUCUGUAAUGCUGCGGAGAUUUCUUUUUGGUUUUAUACGAACUCUCGAGAAGAAGAAAAAAAAAAAUCUUGACUGCGUUUAGGUGCACACGGCAACUUUUUAAUCUUACGAUAUUACCUAGGAAUCUUAAAAUGAUGUAAAGAAAAAAAUGAUCAUGUAAAACUUAAUCUUGUACAAAUUUAGUUUGAAAAUUGAACUUUUAAAGACGAAGAAGAAAAAAAAAAAAAGAAAAUGAAAUCGAAGACACUUUGUAUUUAAUUUUGUCUCCCAACCGUUUGUAUAGUCAUUUGCUAUGUUUGUGCCAUCGGAUCAUGACGAAAAUUAAACAAGACGCUGUUUUCGUA